CACAUGGGCCCUCUGUCUCCUACCAGGACAAUGCGGCUCUGGGGGCCUCGGAGCCUGGGGGUGGCUCUGGGAGUCUUCAUGACCAUCGGAUUUGCCCUCCAGCUCUGGGGGGGGCCCUUCCAGAGGAGGCUCCGACAGCCCUGGGCCCCAUCCCCUCCACCAGCAGCUCAGUCCUGCCCACCCCGGCAGCGGCUUGUGUUCCUGAAGACGCAUAAAUCCGGGAGCAGCUCUGUGCUGAGCCUGCUGCAUCGCUACGGGGACCGGCAUGGGCUGCGCUUCGCCCUGCCUGCCCGCUACCAGUUCGGCUACCCGAGGCUUUUCCAGGCCUCUCGGGUCAAAGGCCACCGCCCCCAGGGUGGAGGCACCCAGUUCCCCUUCCACAUCCUCUGUCACCACAUGAGGUUCAACCUGAAAGAGGUACUUCAGGUCAUGCCUUCUGACAGCUUCUUCUUUUCCAUUGUCCGAGACCCUGCUGCUCUGGCCCGUUCUGCCUUCUCCUACUAUAAAUCCACCUCAUCAGCCUUUCGCAAGUCACCAUCCUUGGCUGCCUUCCUGGCCAAUCCUCGAGCCUUCUACCGGCCUGGGGCCCGUGGGGACCACUACGCCCGCAACUUAUUAUGGUUUGACUUUGGCCUCCCCUUUCCUCCAGAGAUGAGGGCCAAGAAAGGGAAUCCUCUUCCCCCCAGAAACCCCAACCCCCCACAGAUGCAUAUCUUGCGUGCUGGAGCUGGCCCUCGAGCCCAAGCUCUAGAUCCCAAUGCUCUAUUCCAUCCUGUUUCUACUGUUGUUCAUAGUCACAUCCAGAUAACCAGCCCUGCCUCUGUAAAUCUGGGGUCUUUGUCCUUCAUCCAGUGGGGCCUGGCCUGGCUGGACUCUGUCUUUGACCUGGUCUUGGUGGCUGAGUACUUUGAUGAGUCAUUAGUUCUGCUGGCAGAUGCCUUGUGCUGGGAUCUGGAUGACGUGGUGGGCUUCAUUCACAACGCCCAAGCUGGAGGCGAGCAGGGCCUCAGUGCUGUUGACAACGGUGGACUGACAGCUGAGGAUCGGCAGCUGAAUGCACGGGCUCGGGCCUGGAACAACCUGGACUGGGCUCUCUAUGUUCACUUCAACCAUAGUCUGUGGGCUCGGAUAGAGCAAUAUGGCCAGAAACGGCUGGAGAGAGCUGUGGCCGAGCUCCGGGCUCGCCGAAAGGCCCUGGCCAAACAUUGUCUGGUAGGGGGUGAGGCUGUAGAUCCCAAAUACAUCACUGACCGUCGUUUCCGCCCCUUCCAGUUUGGGUCAGCUAAGGUUUUGGGCUAUGUACUUCAAGGUGGACUGAGCCCCCAAGACCAGGAAGAGUGUGAGCGCCUGGCUACCCCUGAGCUACAAUACAAGGACAAGCUGGAUGCCAAGCAGUUCCCCCCUACAGCCCCACUGCCCCUCAAGGCUUCACAGCUGCUCUCUCCACAGGCAUCAGACUCUAGAUUUAGGCCAAAGAGCAGCUAAGUUGCAAGGGCACAUGUGAUGAGUGCGCAUCAGCUAGAUGUCAUUCUGCCUCCCUCAGAAGGGACAGGACUCAGCCCUGAUGCAGGCCCCAAGUCUUCUGGCCUUGGACUUGGAAUCUCAGUCAUUGGGCUCCCAGCAGUGCCUCUCUCCUCCACCCAUGUUACCCCUUCCCCUUUCCAGCUCCAAGGCAGGUCCUCGUAGCACUCUCCAAAGCUCCCUGGAGGGGCAAAAGAUGUAGUGAGCCCCAGAGAGUUUAGGGCAUGGCGAGUUGGAAUGAUACGUCCAUUUCCCUAUGAAAUAUUUGUUAUUGGGCUAUGUUCAUUUCACUACAAAAUGUUUGUUGAAUGAAUAAAUAAUUUGGAACUUCUA